UUUUCCAUUUGGUGGGUGGCCCUUUCUACCUCAUAGCAGAGUGACAGUGAGAGAAGGACCCAAACCUUUAAUCUUGUUUUGCGGUGGAUUUAGCAGAAAGCAGCUGCAGCAACCUGGAAACUGCCAUGGAAAAAAUCCUGAAAGCAGAAUUGAAAACUUCUGUCCUCAAGGCAUUUGGAAGCUCGGGAGGAGGAUACAUUAGCCAAGGCCAAGGUUAUGAAACAGACAGUGGACGAGUAUUUGUUAAAAUCAACCACAAACCACAGGCCAGAAAAAUGUUUGAAGGGGAAAUGGCAAGCUUGGAAGCUAUUCAGAAAACUAAUAUUGUGAGAGUGCCUCAGCCUAUUAAAGUAAUUGACCUGCCUGGAGGAGGAGCAAUGUUUGUCAUGGAGUACCUAAAGAUGAAGCAUCUCAACAAUUUGUUUUUUUGCUCCUGCAGAUAUUCUUCAAAACUCGGUGAACAGAUAGCAGAUCUUCAUCUUUAUAACCAGAAGCUUGGAGAGAAAUUAAGAAAGGAGGGAAACACAAUUGGUAAAGGAGCAGGUCACUCUGAGUCUCAGUAUGUGGAUAGGUUUGGAUUCCAUAAAGCCACUUGCUGUGGUUAUAUACCACAGGUGAAUGAAUGGCAGAGCGAUUGGCCUUCCUUCUUUGUUCGUCACCGACUCCAAGCUCAGUUGGAUUUGAUUGAAAAAGAUUAUGGAGACAGAGAAGCCAGAGAACUUUGGUCACAGCUAAAACUAAAGAUUCCUGAAAUGUUCUGUGACAUAGAAAUUGUUCCUGCUCUUCUGCAUGGAGACCUGUGGGCAGGAAAUGUGGCUGAGGAUGACUCCGGGCCAAUUAUCUUUGACCCUGCUUCCUUCUAUGGCCAUUCAGAAUUUGAACUGGCCAUUGCUGGAAUGUUUGGUGGGUUCAGCAGCUCUUUUUUCUCUGCCUAUCACAGUAAAAUACCCAAAGCUCCAGGGUUUGAGAAACGAAACAAAUUGUAUCAACUCUUUAAUUACAUAAACCACUGGAACCAUUUUGGGACAGGGUACAGAGGCUCUACCAUAAAUGUAAUGAGGAAACUUCUGAAGUAGCCAGAUGGGUUUGAGAAAUUCUAACACAGUCUCUUAGGAAUGAACAGCCUCUGCUUAUCAGAAGUAACUCAAAACUAGGAAUUAAGGGUGGAAUUAAUUGAUGGUUAACACCUGCCAUGUAAAAGGCUAAGUACACUUUGGAACCUCACUAAAUGUUAAGAGUGAUUGUGUAAUUUU